UAUAGUGGGGAGCCCGAGCGCCGGAGCGGGGACUCGGAGCCGCACGCUCGCCUGCGGAGCCGUCCGCGGCCGGAGCGCGCCCGGAGGAGGAGCAGGAGCAGGAGCGAACCGCGGACGAGCCAGUGGCGUUGGUGGCCGCUGCUGCUGCUGCUGCGCUCGGCGCUGGGCUGUUGUGGCUGCGUGGGAACAUUGUGCGCGCCUGGCUCGCUGCGCCUCGGCCGCCUGCUUGCCUGCCCGGGGUCCGGUGCCGGGCGCUGGGAACCCGCCGGAGCCUCCUCUCCGCCGGGCCCCGAGGGAGAAAGAGGGCGAGAGGCAGCCGAGGCGGACUUGCAGGAGGAGGAGGAAGAAGCCGCCCGCGAUGGAGCGCCAGGGCGGAGGCGCCGGGCGGGACGCGCCGCUUCUUCUGUUGCUUCUUCUCCGGGUGGAUUUAUAGAGGCGCGGACGGCGGCGGGGGAGCCGGGAGCCGGCGGCGAGGGCAGCGGCGGCGGCAGGAGGAGGAGGAAGAGGACUGAGCGGCGGGCGGCUCUUGUGGCUCGCCCGGCCGGGGCGUUGCGGAGGCUCGAUGCCGGCGGCCGGGCGCGGGAGCCAGUGAGGCGGCCGGCCCACCGACAGGAUUUGCUUGGCGGAGCGCCCCCCCCCCCUUGCUGGGGCCGACCUUGUUUGCCGGCGCCGCGGAGUUGGCGAGCCUUCGGGGCGGGCGGCCGCGGCGGCCCCGACCAUGGUAGCGCGCCGGAGGGAGUCCCCGUUCGGGCAGUGCUGCUGGGGCGUCUGGGUGCUGCUGUGCCGGACGGUGCUGGCCAGCUCGCUCGUCCUGGAGCCCAUCUACUGGAACUCCUCCAACCCCAAAUUCCUUCCUGGACAAGGACUGGUACUAUAUCCAAAGAUAGGCGACAAACUGGAUAUUAUAUGCCCAAAGGUGGACUCUAAAACUUUUGGCCAGUAUGAAUAUUAUAAGGUCUACAUGGUUGAGAAGGACCAAGCAGAUAGCUGCAUUGUUAAAAAGGACAACACACCUCUACUUAACUGUGCCAAGCCUGAUCAAGAUGUUAAGUUUACUAUCAAGUUUCAAGAAUUCAGCCCUAACCUCUGGGGCCUGGAAUUUCAGAAAAACAAAGAUUAUUACAUCAUAUCAACAUCCAAUGGAUCACUGGAGGGCUUGGAUAACCAGGAGGGAGGGGUCUGCCAAACAAAAGCCAUGAAGAUCCUAAUGAAAGUUGGACAAGUUCCCAAUUCUGGUGGGUCCCCAAAUAAUGCUGAUCCAACUAAACGCCCGGAACAGGAAGCUGGUACCAACGGGAAAAGCUCUACAACAAGUCCCUUUGUAAAGGAUCACUCAGGUUCCAACACAGAUGGCAACACGGCUGGUCGUUCCAGUAUCCUUGGUUCAGAGGUGGCCUUAUUUGCAGGGAUAGCUUCAGGGUGCAUCAUCUUCCUCAUCAUCAUCAUCACGCUGGUGGUUUUGUUGCUGAAGUAUCGGAGGAGACAUCGGAAGCAUUCGCCACAGCACACGACGACUCUGUCACUCAGCACGUUAGCCACCCCAAAACGCGGGAACAAUAACGGGUCUGAACCUAGUGACAUUAUCAUCCCUCUGAGGACUGCAGACAGUGUCUUUUGCCCCCACUAUGAAAAGGUCAGCGGAGACUAUGGACACCCGGUGUACAUAGUCCAAGAGAUGCCCCCUCAGAGUCCAGCAAACAUUUAUUACAAGGUCUGAUGAACGCUCAGCAUGGUACCUUUGGGAACUCUUUCUAGCCAAAUGCUAUCCAUGACGGGGUUGGGUUGUAAUGAACCCCUGUGCAGGUUACUGGACCAGGUGCGGCGGAGGGAACAGCGAGGCCCCCGACCCUGUUACAGAGAGAUGGACAGCUUCUCUAGUCUGUAGAAUUCCUGUCUCGGUGAACAAGCUUUGGCUUGGGAGCUGGAAGAAUUUACAUAGAAGAUACCCAUACCAAUUGCUGUACAUUCAUCACCCUCUAAGCCAUGUGCUGCAGGCAUUCAGGCACGUACAAAAAAAAGCCCAGAGAAGAUGAAGCAGUUCGUGGAUGAUAAUGGUUUUAGGCAAUCUGGAAAGAAGUCUUUAGUCAUCCACCUUGAAAUGAAGCCCAGUGACUCUGUGUGCGUGCUUCUCUCUUAGUGCUUAUGAAUUUGUCAUACAGAACCUCAGCUUUUAAGUAAGACUUUUAAUCAUUUUUUCUUGCUUUAGUCUGUCCCCGUAUUGCAUUUUACUUCGGUUACGUCGUGUUCCUGCAUUCUUCAUGCACAAAUUAUGUCUCUCCACAUCUCGCAUCGCUGUUGGAAAAACAUGAUGUUUUUCCAGUUCCAUGUACCCAUUCGUUUUCAAUAGCAGCCUCACUUGAAUGGAUAACAACUCUGGGAGAAAUUGGGCUUGCUUUAAAAAAAAAAGAAAGGGGAAUCUUCCAGCUGAAAGUUAGCUUGUCAGCAGAGUCAGAUGUGAGAUGAGGUGGCACAAUGUGGGGGAAGGGAAAGGGCAGGGCUGAUCAACUAUUGCUGCCUUUGGAAUCAGCCGGGCGAUGCCCGACAAUUUAGGUAGCACAGCACUUUGGAGUUCAGAGACAAGCAAGUUAGGGGAUGCAGUAACAACAGAGUGGAUUGGGGUGGCACCUGAUGGAUGCCAAGGUUAUUCUCAAGUAGCAGUGUGUAGGAGAAAUUCUUCCUCAAUUCUCUCCCUCAAAGUAGGACAAAGAGAGGGUAAGUCGAUGAGUGUGCCUGGAAGACAAGACAAUAGAAGGCCAUCGGUGAUAUAUUAGGGUAAGACUGCUGUGGUACCGUACCAGCAAUAAGAUGUACGGCUUUGAAGAAGCUGGGGCGGAAUCUUGGCCUGCUUCAAAUGACACUUUUUUAAAAAGCAGGUUCCGCUGCUGUACUUAUCACAUUUUAACUAAUAACGGGGAGGGGCAAGUGUUUAAGAAACUAGCAACAUCUGACGGAGGGAAUUUUUUUUUACAAGCUUAAACUGUCAAGAGGGCUAUAAUCAUCACUUAAAAUCAUGUCUCUUAAAAAUUGAUCAGGAUUUUUAUUUUUCCUCCAAUCAAGCCUGUCUUACAUUUCUGGUUUCUGGCAGUGCAUUUGCAAAGUGAUGCUAUGGUGAACACUGCCAUUGGGGUGUUCUCUUUCAGAAUAAAAAGCACAUAUGGUAAACUGCUUAUAGUUCAUAAAAAUGCAAUACUGUCAAGACACAAGAGCAGGGGGCAGGGAGAGGAAGAUAUGACUUAUUUAUAAUAGGUGUAUAGAACCCAUGGGAUAUAAAGUAGCAGAUUUUGUUAUUAUUACUAAUAUAUAUAUAUAAAUAUAUAGAAAGAGAGAGAUUGCACAGAGUCUAUACCAGAAGAUGUGAAAUUCAUCUGCGGCAAUGAAAUUAAAUCUUUCAGCAUUAAAGCAAAACAAUUUGGGCAACUACUUCUGGAAAAGAAAAGCUUCACUCCAAAAAAAGAACAAUACUGAGAGGAAAUAUAAAAAUAGCAAAGCCCUCAAAAGCUGUCUUUCAUAACGGUAGACUAGGAAAUGCAAGCCCCCCAAAAUAAAAAAAAAUCAAUGUAAGUGCAUCAUACUUUAUAACAACACACAAUAAUUCUGGUGGGUGCCCCUGUGUUGUGUCCCCCCCCCCCUUUGCCUUAUUGGAUGGAAUAUUCCAGAUAGUCACAAAUAGGGGAGUUCCAGUGUAAAGUUUCUGCUUGAAGCAUGGUAGUUGUCCUCCCUCCAACCUCUACACCCUAGAGGGAAAAUACUUUUUAUGUGCUAUGCAAAAUAGAUGUCUUUUCACAUAGUCCUGUUACCAUAGUAACACUUCACUUUCUGGACUGGAAAGAACAUGUAACUACAGCGUUUUAAGGUUCUCAAACCUCCACUGAGCACGUGCAAAAAUGUACUGUCACAGAAAUGAUUAUUCUCUGUAUUUUCUGAACCUGAAAAUGUCGGUCCGAAAAGGGAGAGGAGGGUGGAAAGGAAGCAGUGUUACGUAGGAGAUUACCAUGGUAACUAAGUACAAUCCAGAUGUAGUUCUUUCCUUAAAGCCUUCCUCUCUCUGAAUCCAUCCAUGCAAGAUUUUUUUUUCUUGUAAGUCAUUAAGAUUUUGUUUUGGGGGAGGGGAAAAUGAUGGGCCUUUUUUAAAAAAAAUCCACACUAUGUUUAGAUGAUUGGUUAUAUUCUGAUUAUAUAUUAAACAGGUGCGGGUGAGGGAGGGAAUAGGAGAACUGGAUAAAUCAAUGGGGAAAAGAGCACCCUACAACCAACUGGGGGGGGGAGAGACAAAAGAGCCCCAUGUAUCUGUGUUGUGUCUCGUGCAGAAUAAUGACAAUCUUACCAACUGUUCCUUUGGUUGGUGUGUUGGUUCAGCUUUGAGAAGUUACUGUAAAUGCCUUGCUUUGUGUUACCCGUUGAUCACUUAACUUUUUGGAAUUUGCACCAUCCUGUCUAAAGAGUGAAGACGCUGUAAAUAAAUUCAGAUUUACUGUAUAUGGAUUUGGGGUGUUACAAUAGCCUUAUUCACCUUUUUAAAAGUAAAUAUAAAAUUAAAAAUACACAUGGAAACAAGAAAAAACAUCUUUUCUUAACCAGAUUGUGUAUAUAGAGCAACAUUGGUUUUUUAUAAAGUCUAAGCAAGAUGUUUUGUAUAAAAUCUGACUUUUGCUAUGUAUUUAGCUACAGCUUGUUGAAAGGCAGUGUCAUUCCCCUUUGCACUGUAUCCAGGUUAAAAAAAUGGUAUAAAAAGGUUGCCAAAUUGCUGCAUAUUUGUGCUGUAAUUGUGUACCAUGAAUAUUUAUUUAAGAAUUCCUUUGUCCAGUUUGUAAGUAACACAGUAUUAUGCUUGAGUUAUAAAUAAUUUUUUCUCUUUUUUAAACUAGCGUGUCAUAGAUUUGAAAUCUUUUUUGUUCUCCAUUGCAGUUAGCCCCUCCCAGAAAACCAAAUCUAUGAAAAUUCACAUUCCGCAUCUGUUUCAAACUGAAUUUGUUCUUUUAAAAAAAUAAAAUAUUUUUUUCCUAUGGAAAGAA